AUGUAUCUGACAUCCACCUCUUGUAGGUCCUGCAGGAUUUCCUCUUCCGUUUGGUUUCUUGCUGGUGUUGUGGGGAAAUCGUUUCGCUCUAGAUUUGGGUUGGAGAGUGUCUUCACGGGUGUUGCUCUUGUCUUCUUUGCCAAAACGGAGGGGACCUUCCAGAUUGGGGUUGGUAAGUCCGGCCUUCAUCACGGGAAUGGUUAUUUGUUCCUCUGGCUUUGA